AAGGAAAAAAAAUUGUACUUCAUUUUUUCAAACCCUACGAGCCUUUUCGUUUCGCUUGAAACUUUUCUUUGCAUAUAUUAUCUGUUCUUCAUUGUCUUAAAACCCUCAGUUGAUUUGUCCGAAAGAGUAAUAUAAUCUGGGUAAGCGAUUUUUUGGCUGCAGUAGCCCAUUUCAGAGGCAGAGGUUUUGUGAUCAAACCAAUCGUAGUAUUGAACAAACCCUUCUCGCUUUUUGGGUUAUUCUUGCUUGAGUUUGCAUACAUUUUAGAUUUGUUUAUAGAUUCUGUUGGAGGAAUUUCGGACUGUGUUUUUAUUUUAGUUUAAGCAGUCAUUUGGACAUCGGGGUUCAUCACUUUGAACAAUUUGGGAAAAAGUUUCAAGGUUUUUUUCAAUAUUCAGAUCAAAGAAUCAAACAUUAUUUCUUUGGUAAAGGUCAUGGCAACUGACGAGAAUCACACAGAGAGGGUAUUCUCCGUCAAACUAUGGCCUCCAAGUGAGAACACUCGCUUGAUGCUGGUAGAGCGCAUGACCAGUACCCUUUCUUCAGAAUCUUAUUUUUCAAGAAAGUAUGGUCUUUUGAGCAAGGAAGAGGCUGCAGAAGAUGCUAAAAGAAUAGAAGAUAUAGCAUUUGUUGCUGCAAAUGACCAUGCUAGUAGACACCCAGAUGCAGAUGGUAGAUCUACUGUGCAACUUUAUGCACAAGAAGCAAGCAAACUAAUGUUGGAGGCCCUUAAGAGAGGACCCAGUACAGACAAAAUAGCAAACCCUGUUGCCAGGGAAGCAUUUCCUGAACUUGUUGAAGUGAAGGAAACUGCUGAAGUGAAGGAAACUGAUGAAUUGAAGGAAACUGCUGAAGUGAAGGAAACUGAUGAAUUGAAGGAAACUGUUGAAGUGAAGGAAACUGUUUUUGAUAUAUCAGGGGGUUCACGAGGAUUUGUUGAUAAAGAUUUAGCCACAGAGCUCUUGAGGCCAUUAGAAGAGCCAGGGAAUUCUUAUACCAAGAUAUGCUUCAGCAACCGAAGUUUUGGUCUCGAUGCUGCCUAUGUUGCACAAAGAGUCUUGAUGGGUGUUCAGAAAAAUUUAACAGACGUAGACCUUGCAGAUUUUGUUGCUGGAAGGCCUGAGGCUGAGGCCCUUGAGGUAAUGUCCAUAUUUUCAUCUGUUUUAGAAGGGUGUGUGCUGAGAUCAUUGAAUCUUUCACAUAAUGCACUAGGAGAGAAGGGCAUCAGGGCUUUUGGAUCACUCUUGAAAUCUCAGAAAACACUGGAAGAAUUGUAUUUCAUGAAUAAUGGUAUUUCGGGAGAUGCUGCUAGAGCAAUUUGUGAGCUUCUUCCUUCUGUUGAAAAGAUUAAGACUUUGCAUUUCCAUAACAAUAUGACUGGAGACGAUGGAGCAGAUGCCCUUUCAGAGCUUGUUACAAAAUGCAUUGCUCUAGAGGAUUUCCGAUGUUCAUCAACUAGAAUAGGUACCCAGGGUGGUAUUAGUUUAGCAGGAGCUUUGGGGAAAGGAAACAGUUUGAAAAAGCUUGAUUUAAUGGAUAACAUGUUUGGGAAAAGAGGUGGGGUUGCUGUGAGCCGAGCUAUAUCUGGACACCUAGGUCUGACAGAAGUGUACUUGAGUUAUUUGAAUUUUGAGGAUAAAGGGGCAAUAGCUAUUGCCAACAGCCUCAAAGAUGCAGCUCCAUCUCUCAGAGUUCUUGAGAUUGCAGGAAAUGAAAUCACUCCAAAAGCAGCUCCAGCAUUUGCAGAAUGCCUUGCUGUAAAAAGCUUACUGACAAAAUUUGUUGCAUCAGAAAAUGAACUCAAGGAUGAGGGAUCAGUUAUUAUAUGCAAAGCACUUUUGGAAGGUCAUGAUCAUCUCAAAGAACUUGAUUUGAGUACAAAUGGUAUCACUGGAAUUGGAGCAAAGGCUGCAGCAGAAACUGUUGCAAACAAGACUGAUUUCAAUCUGCUUAAUAUUGAUGGAAAUUUCAUUUCUGAAGAAGGAAUUGAGACUGUCAAAGAUGUGCUGAGAAAAGGUACCAAGGGUGUUUCCGUGCUUGGAUCUCUGGAAGACAAUAAUGAAGAAGGUGAAGGUGAUGAAGAAAAUGAAGGUGAAAACGAGAAUGGGGAUGAAGAGGAAAGUAGUGACAAUGACACAUUGUUAGAGGAGAAACUUCAGAACCUAAAAGUGUAGCAUGGCAUGGAGAUGUCUAGUGUAGGCUCAUAUGGUAGGACAAUUUUGGAUACUUUAAUGAUUUAAUCCUUUGAAGGUGAAAUUUCACAGUUUUAACAACCACAAGUAAGUCUCUUCUAGUUUUACAAAGAUAAUUCCCUUUUGGGAAAUAAGGUAAGUGCAUUUCCUUUUUACUAAUUAGGAACACGCGUUACCUCAAUCUGAAUAUAUGAGCUCUACUUGAACUGGAGGAUUCCCAAUUUUUUAGUUGUUGGCUGACAUGCCUUUAUGUUCUGUUUCUUUAGUUUGCAUUACUCAUGAUAGUUAAAAAUAUCUAUCAUUUAGUCAUCAUCUUUAAUGAUGAUAGGUUUGUGUGUUUUUCAAAGGGUUUUGCUUCUGCAGCAGCUAUAUCUGUACAAGGCACCUUCUUAAAAAUGUGUGAAAGCUUUAAUGGCGUGGUGUUUAAGAUUUCAAA